UUUUCCCCCUUUUUCCUUUCGUCGUCUGCAAACAGCUGCUUCAUCGGUUCCUUUCCUUUCUCAAGCUAAGCAUCUCUCUCUCUCUCUUCUCUGCCUUUUUUCUUGAUCGCUUCUGUGAGAUUCCUUCUCUUUUCAAAUGCCCACUUCUUCUUCUUCUUCUUCAAUUUAUGUUCUUUUUUUUUAACGACGCAUAUAGCUUCUCCUCUUCCUCUCUCUCUCUCUCUCUCUCUCUCUCUCUCUCUCUCUCUGAUUUUUGCUCUUCUGUCUUUCUUUGUAUCCGUUGAAUUGUCCCUUUUCCUCGCUCUCUCUCUCUAGGCGUCGUUUUCCCUUGGCUCUGACGUUUGCCGCGCCUGGUUUUGGGAGAUAUAUAUAUAUAAACGAGGGCCUUAUCGAUUUUCAUGGCUUCUUCUUCUUCUUCUUCUUCUUCUUCAGGGAGUGGAGAUGGUAUAGACCACAUCACCAACCCUUGUAUCUUCGGGGAUGUUGGGUCGUCGUCAUCAUCAUCAUCAUCAUCAUCAUCACAUACGGAGAAGAAAUGGGGGUUGAUGAAAUGGAUAAGUAAAAUGUUCGACAGCAAUGGCGGCUCAUCGUCGAGCCGAGGGGGACGAGGAGCCUCAGAUACGAACAGCCAUCUUCCCCAGUUCCAAGAAGACGAGAACAUGGUCUUCCCUCUCCCUCCUCGAUCUUUGGAUGAUCGAUCAAGAGCUGCAAGAGAAAAAGAGGAACUCGACCGAGCAAUUGCACGAUCCCAAGACGAUGACAUGAAACGACGACCACAUGGAUAUGGUUGGCAAAGGGAUCAAGAUUAUCAAGAUUUCCCGAGGUCGUUUCGGGGUGGCGGUUUGAAUCCUCCGUUCGUCCCACCUUAUGAAUCUUCGUAUCAAUAUAGACGAAGACAUAGAAUAUGUGGCGGAUGUCAUCGGGAUAUCGGGCAUGGGAACUAUCUAGGCUGCAUGGGAACGUUCUUUCAUCCAGAAUGCUUCCGUUGUCAUUCUUGUGGUUACCCCAUCACCGAGCAUGAGUUCUCUCUAUCAGGAACGAAGCCUUAUCACAAGCUUUGUUUCAAAAAGUUGACACAUCCCAAAUGUGAAGUCUGCCACCAAUUUAUUCCGACUAACGAAGCUGGCUUGAUCGAGUAUCGAUGUCACCCGUUCUGGAACCAGAAGUAUUGCCCUUCUCACGAAUACGAUAACACAGCCCGAUGCUGCAGUUGUGAACGUUUGGAGUCACGGGAUGUGAAAUACUACGCCUUAGAAGACGGGAGAAGUUUGUGUCUCGAGUGCAUGGAGACCGCCGUAAUGGACACGGGCGAUUGUCAGCCUCUUUACCACGCCAUUAGAGACUAUUACGAAGGAAUGUAUAUGAAACUAGAUCAGCAAAUCCCUAUGCUUCUUGUUCAAAGAGAGGCUCUCAAUGAAGCUAUAGUCGGGGAGAAGAAUGGAUACCAUCACAUGCCCGAGACUCGGGGUCUGUGCCUUUCGGAAGAGCAAACAGUGACAAGUGUUCUUAGAAGGCCAAGACUUGGCGGCCACCGUCUUGUCGGGACAAGAACUCAGCCUCACAAGCUUACACGCAAGUGUGAAGUCACUGCGAUUCUCGUUCUUUACGGCCUCCCGAGGUUACUAACAGGUGCUAUACUCGCCCAUGAAUUGAUGCACGGUUGGCUACGUCUGAAAGGGUACCGGAACCUUAAUCCCGAGGUAGAGGAAGGUAUUUGCCAGGUUCUCUCUUACAUGUGGCUUGAGUCUGAAGUUCUCUCAGACCCUUCUUCAAGGAACUUGCCAUCCACAUCAUCAUCAUCACGGUCAUCGUCGUAUAAGAAAGGCGGAAAAUCCAACGUGGAGAAAAAGCUGGGGGAGUUCUUUAAGCAUCAGAUAGCUCACGAUGCGUCCCCUGCGUAUGGAGGAGGCUUCAGAGCGGCUAAGGCUGCCGUAUGUAAGUACGGGUUGCGUUGUACCCUCGAUCAUAUCCGUCUCACCGGAACCUUCCCUUUGUGACAGCAGCUUCCACGUAUUCCCUCCUAAGUUCACAGUCCUUUAAUUAGUCUCUCGAGUUGCGUCGUUUUUAUGUUGUAUUGGAUCAUCAUAGCAUACGUUCCUUAACUUUUUUUUGAUCCAAAAACUCACAUCGGCCUUGCCCUCUUCGAUUUUUUUUUUGGGAGAGGGUUUGAGUUUUGCGAUUUCAAUUCAUCAUAGUAUUCAGAUUUGGAACACAGACACGAACCAUGUGUUGACACCAUUGUCCUAAAGCUAUUUUUUCCACCGCC